AUACGUUGUCCCCACCCUUUCCCUUGGUCCGCAUCACCCGGCACGCCGUUGUUCCUCGAGUUUGGCUGCAUCAUGUCUGCUGUGAAAGCCCUUAAUCCGAAAGCCGAAGUGGCCAGGGCGCAAGCGGCCCUUGCCGUUAACAUCAGUGCUGCUCGAGGACUUCAAGAUGUUCUAAAAAGCAACCUUGGACCAAAAGGAACCAUGAAGAUGCUUGUGUCUGGUGCCGGAGACAUAAAGCUGACGAAGGAUGGUAAUGUACUCCUGCACGAGAUGCAAAUCCAACACCCCACAGCAUCCCUGAUAGCAAAGGUUGCAACUGCUCAAGAUGACAUCACGGGAGAUGGAACCACCUCGAACGUGCUCAUCAUUGGUGAGCUCCUCAAGCAGGCAGAUCUCUACGUGUCAGAGGGUGUUCACCCUAGGAUAAUUGCGGAGGGCUUUGAGAUGGCCAAGGACAAGGCUCUGGAGGUGCUGGAGAAGCUGAAGGUGUCCAAAGAGAUGGACCGGGAGACGCUCAUCAACGUGGCCAGGACGUCACUCCGCACCAAGGUCCACGCCGAGCUCGCAGAUCUUCUCACAGAGGCCGUGGUGGAUGCUGUGAUGGCCAUCCAUAAGAGCAAUGAGUCCAUCGACCUGUACAUGGUGGAGAUCAUGGAGAUGAAACACAAGACAGAGAGUGACACCGCACUGAUCAGAGGCCUGGUGCUUGACCACGGCGCCAGACACCCAGACAUGAAGAAGAGAGUGGAGGACGCCUACAUCCUGACCUGCAACGUCUCCCUGGAAUACGAGAAGACAGAGGUGAACUCGGGCUUCUUCUACAAGAGUGCGGAGGAGAGGGACAAGCUGGUGCGGGCCGAGAGGAAGUUCAUUGAGGAGCGCGUCAAGAAGAUCAUUGAGCUCAAGAACACAGUCUGCGCAGAAGGCUCCAAAGGCUUCGUCGUCAUCAACCAAAAGGGAAUUGACCCAUAUUCUCUGGACGCUCUGGCCAAAGAGGGAAUCGUGGCUCUGCGCAGGGCAAAGAGGAGGAACAUGGAAAGACUCACCUUGGCCUGUGGCGGAGUGGCCAUGAACUCUGUGGACGACCUCACGCCCGAGUGUCUGGGUCACGCCGGUCUCGUCUACGAGUACACGCUGGGAGAGGAGAAGUACACGUACAUUGAGAAGUGCAGCAACCCGCGCUCCGUCACCCUGCUCAUCAAGGGCCCCAACAAGCACACCCUCACACAGAUCAAAGACGCCGUGCGCGACGGCCUGCGCGCUGUCAAGAACGCCAUCGAAGACGGCAGCGUGGUUCCCGGGGCCGGGGCCUUUGAGGUGGUGGUAGCGGACGCUCUGGUGCAGCACAAGCGUUCGGUGAAGGGCAGGGCACAGCUUGGGGUGCAGGCCUUCGCAGACGCCCUGCUGGUCAUCCCUAAGGUCUUGGCUCAGAAUUCGGGCUAUGACCCUCAGGAGACCCUGGUGAAGUUACAGACUGAAAACAAGGAGUCUGGGGUGGUUGUUGGUGUCGAUCUGAACACGGGUGAACCUAUGGUUCCCGCAGAAGCCGGUAUUUGGGAUAACUACAGUGUCAAGAAGCAGCUCCUACACUCAUGUACGGUCAUCGCCAGUAACAUUCUGCUGGUGGAUGAGAUCAUGAAGGCAGGCAUGUCCUCUCUGAAGGGCUGAGUGAGCACCCCGCCAGACCACCAUGGCCCCAUUUUAGUUGUCACCAUGAGAAUGUUUAUGGGCGGAGGAGCUGCGAUGUGGCGUUGUUUGCGUUCGACUCCCUGAAGUUUUGUGCUCCGAGACCCACAACUCUGGGGUGUGUUUCUCAAAAGUGUAGUUGUUAGCCAGUUAGCAACUUCGGUUGUUGUCAAUGGGAAAUUACAUUGCAAACAACAAAGUAGCUAACGUUGUUGGCAACUAUGGUUUCGAGAAAUGCACCUCUGUCUGUCAGGCCUACCCAUCACCACUGCUACUUAGGCCCCCCUCUCGGGUGUCUCCAUUGAAGAAGUCUCGCCCCCACUCCACCACCGUCUUCUCACCUCAAUAUUAUUAUUAUUAGUAUGCUCUUCCUGUCAGAUUGUCAGUGUGGUACAUUGCCAUUCUUUAUUUGUACUCAUUAAAAAAACCUUUUGGCUGA